CGCAAAGUUCAUGGGGGUUACAAUCACACGUGUAAUGAUCCUGCUAUGUUAUAUCGUGUAGAAACAAUGCCAGGUUUAGGAUGGUUACUAAAACGACGUCUUUAUAAAGAUGAACUUGAGCCAAAAUGGCCCAAACCUGAUAAUUUUAUAGAUUGGGAUAUAUGGAUGAGGAAUGACAGGAUCAAGAAGGGACGUGAGUGUAUAAUUCCGGAUAUUUCAAGAACGUACCAUUUUGGCGCUAAAGGCCAGCAUAUAAAUGUUAUCAUUCAAGAAUCUCUUUACAAGACACGCAGUUUAAAUAAUGUCGCUAACGUUAAAUUUAAUGUUAGUUUGCUAUCAAACAAGAAUUAUGAAAAUGAGAUCGAACGGUUGACCAGGUUGGCUGAGCCGUUGGAUCACAGUAAAAAUCCUUGUAAGAACAAGGACGAUUUUGUUCCAGAGACAUCCGGUAAAACGUAUAUAUUUUACAUUGAAAUGAAACAUGCUAAAGACUGGACAACAUGGAAUAAUAUAGCGAGAUGUUUACGAAUCUGGUACUCAGAUGCUCGAGGAUUUCAUAAAAGUAUGUGGAGAUUAUGGUUAAAGGAUAAUCACGUGUUAAUUGUUGGAUCACCUGCUUCACCUUAUGCCAAACAUAAACCAAUGAACGUAAAACCUGUUUUCAUUCCUAAAAAAUUAAAGGGGAUUCAUUAAGUGCAUUAAAAUCUUUAAAGCGGCUAUGAAACGAAAUUUUACCAUGUAGUUUCCGAUUUUAUUGCACAUAGAGCAUUUGAUUGAAAUGAGGUAAUAUCUUCAUAAAUAGAUUUACUUUAUUUUAUUUCUUGAGAUAUUUCACUUUAUCAUCGUGCAGAAACACCACUGCGACAUCACAUUACACAGUAACAAUUUAAAGACCAUAAAUUUUUCGUAUCGCACAAACAUUCAUUUUCGAUGUACAACAUUUUAAUAAAUAAAAAUGAGUAGAUGUA